AUAUUAUUCUCCACCUCAAAUAAAAAUGUUCGAGUUGUACGGUGUGAAUCGACAAGGGGCCAUUUAUCACUCGCCAACGGGUCGACGAAAGCAGGUGGACAUCCUGGAGACAUGUCUCCAGCUAUCAUCACCCGAAUUAAUGAGAAAAUUGCCAAAUGGUGGAACACUGCAUCAUCUGAAGGAGCGCAACGGCUCCCCGACGAAGACCUCCGACAGGAAUUCACUUGGUGGUGAACGAAGAAGUGGAUGUAGAAAAUGGUUGGUAACUUGUGGUGUUUUUCUUCUGGGGUGCGCCUUGAUCACUGCCGUGGGAUUGCCCAUUGCCCUGGAGUUGCGCAGUUCUCAUCUUCUCGAGGCGCGUCUUCAAGUAGUCAGGAGACUCCUCUCGGAAACACCUCUCGUCGACGGGCACAAUGACUUCCUCUGGAAUUUGAGGCAGAACCGGGGACUCCACCUCGAUGAUUUCCCCUUCGACAAGGAUCUCUCCAGGAAUACCACCCUGGGACCUCUCUGGCAGACUGAUCUCGCUCGACUCCACCAGGGCAAUAUAGGUGCACAAUUCUGGUCCGCUUAUGUUCCCUGUGAGGCGCAGUUCCUCGAUGCUGUGCAGCUCACCCUCGAGCAGAUUGAUAUCGUAAGGAGGCUGAGCGCUAAAUACCCCGCGAGGAUGAGAUUCGUUACUUCCAGUGAGGAGCUCAAAAAUGCCCACAAGGACGGGGUCCUCGCCAGUUUGUUUGGUAUCGAGGGUGGACACAGCAUUGGCGCUUCCAUGGCUGUGCUGAGGAGUUUUCAUCUCCUCGGCGCCAGAUAUAUGACACUCACCCAUAAAUGCAGCACUCCAUGGGCUGAUUCCUCAUCCGCGGAAGAUCCGAAUGAAUACGCCCCACUGGACUUUCACAGCGAUGGGCUCUCAGCCUUUGGCAAAUCGAUCGUAAAGGAACUCAAUCGAUUAGGAAUGCUCAUCGAUUUAUCUCACGUUUCUACUCGCACCAUGAAGGAUACCCUGGCCAUCACCAAAGCACCAGUUAUAUUCUCCCACAGUGCGGCUCGUGCACUAUGCAAUUCUUCCAGCAAUGUUCCCGAUGACAUCCUUCGUAAUCUGUCAGUAAAUGGGGGACUGGUGAUGAUCAGCUUUGACAGCGCACAUCUGAGCUGCGGAGAUAGGGCCUCCAUGUACGAUAUAAUAGCGCACAUAAAUCACAUAAGGAAGAAUGCCGGGGUGAAUCACGUGGGUUUGGGGGCUGGUUAUGACGGGAUAAUGAAUCCUCCGACGGAACUCCCGGAUGUCUCAGGGUAUCCUCUUCUCCUCGCGGAAUUGACUCGCGACCGUCGGUGGUCCGCUACUGACAUAAAAAAACUUGUCGGUGGAAAUCUCAUCAGGGUGAUGAAAGAAGUCGAGGAUCAUGCCGCAUCUCUCGCUAAUCAGUCUCCUAAUGAGGAGUGGAUACCCCAGGAAGUCAUCGAAGACACCUCCUACUGCCGAUAUCACGACGAGUGAAAUUUAUUUAUUGGAAUUAGCAUUUUGUCAUUCAUAUCGUACAUUUAUAUAAAACGUGUUUAUAAUAUUCCGUGCACAAUUUGUAUAUAUACAAUGGGCAAUGAUUGAUAAUAUAAAUAAAUAAUUACAUUUGUUUCUA